UCGUGUUCAGGUAAGCAGGAAACAACCGCUCCCAGUUACUGAGCUAAUACUAUAAUAAGGGCGCGCACUGGUUCGGUGACUAUGCUACUGUCGUCAUGUUCAUAUUUUGUCUCACUUCAAAUCCAAMAUAUGAAAUGUAGUUUAUUCAUCAGUUUUUCAACGGAUCACCAGACAUUACUGUUAUUGUAGCAGUUGCCUGGAAGAAAGAAGAGGUACCUCUCCUUGGAGACUUCCCGGGAUGCAAAACUCAAGCGCAAGACACAAGAGUGGAGUGCAAUACUGCUGCUGUCUGAUUGGCGAACCGUCCAUCGCUUCAUCUUUUCACAUUAGUUCUACCCGACGAAGCUCUAACCAGGUCUAUUGCAACCAGGACUCGACCACGAGACAUCUAACUUGUAGAGACAGUAGGCUAACAUUUGUCUCGGGUUUGUUUAGUCGGAAAAGCCUAUUAUUUAAGAAAUAGGCGGACGCCCUUUCGGUGGUGCUGAAGAUAGGAGGACUUGGCUGAUCUACGAGUGAGGAGAAUCAGUACACGAACCCACACUUUUCUGCCCCGUCUUGUCAGCUUUAUGAUAUCAGGUGCUUUCGCUAAGGCAGCAGUCUGAGCUGAGGCAGGAUAGCAGGAUGCUGUGGGUGGAGUGUAGGAUAGUGGACGCCCUGCGUGGGAGAAGACGGGAGGGCCACGCCGUCAAGCUGCCCUGCUCCUUCUGGUUCCUCCUGCUGUUCGGGGCCGGAGGCCUCGUUCUCUUCAUACACCUCCAGGACCUCUCAGAGAUGGUCCAGCAACAGGCUCCAGGUGUGAAGCUAAGAGGAACAGCUCGGCAGUCCAGAGAGGCGCUGUGUACUCAGGACAGUGAGGGUGUGAGAUUCAGCCCAGGCCAGGACCAGAGACUGGCUGUGGAAGGCCCCAUCCCCCCCAUGCAGUUCCCUGCCUUCCAGUGGACUAGACAUUCAGCCACCCCUGGCUCUAGGGAACAGGACAUGGGCUCCCUGCGCGUCACCAAGCGCCACAGGAAACUACUGAAAACCAGCCCUGUGGUCUCUAACAACUCACUCAACUCCUCCUCGUCCUCCUCGGGUUCCCCGGACUCUCCUGAGGAGAGCUGGCAGUGGCACAGACUGUCCCACAUCCAGGAAGCUCGGCGGAGGCUGAUGAAGGAGGUCUGUGCCAAGUACAAGAGCAGCAUCUCCAGGACCAUCACACCUCACCACGUGUCCCGGAUCUAUGUGGAGGACAAGUACAAGCUGCUGUACUGCGAGGUGCCCAAGGCGGGCUGCUCCAACUGGAAGAGGAUCCUCAUGGUGCUGUCUGGCCUGGCGUCGUCCACCCACGAGAUCAAACAYGACGCCGUCCACUACGGCAACCACCUCAAGAGGCUGGACAGCUUCGACCGCCAGGGCAUCACGCAGCGCCUGGAGACCUACACCAAAGUCCUGUUUGUCCGCGAACCCCUGGAGAGGCUGGUGUCCGCCUUCAGGGACAAGUUUGAGAACCCCAACACCUACUAUCAUCCUGUAUUCGGGAAGCCCAUCAUCUCCAAGUACAGGGUAAACGCCUCCAAGGUGGCCCUCAGGACAGGCAGCGGAGUGACCUUCCAGGAGUUCAUGCAGUAUCUGUUGGAUGUGCACAGGCCUGUGGGCAUGGACAUUCACUGGGAGCCUACCAGCCAGCUGUGCAGCCCYUGUCUGCUGGACUACAACUUCAUCGGCAAGUUUGAGACCAUGGARGAGGAGGCUAAUUUCUUACUACGUAGAACUGGUGCCCCGCAUAACCUCACCUUCCCCAGUUUUAAAGACAGGAACCCCAAGGCUGAGAGGACUUCAACUCAUUUAACCCAUCGCUACUUUGCACAGCUCAGCACUUCAGAGAGACAGAGAGCUUAUGACUUUUAUUACAUGGACUACCUUAUGUUUAACUACUCCAAACCUUUUAAAGAUUUGUAUUGAUUGACUCUCUAAUUUCUGUUUGAGUCCUCAAAUCUCCCCUGGCUUUAAGUGGAGGAGCGCACCAUAAAAAUGACUUCCUUUUACAAGUAUUACUAGAAGAUCAACACAUGAAAACAAUGUCUCGGUCAGGCAUGUCAAUGUGGUCCUGUAUUAAAUACCGAUGCCUAACUGCAAAACAUCGAACUCACAAACAAUUUAUCACUGCACAGUCAGUGACAUGAAAAGACAGUUCAAUGCUUUAAAAUGUGUUACGUGAAGUGGUACCCACCUAUCAUUUUUUGCACUUAGUGUAGCAAAUUCUUUCUCCAAAAACAUAUUGACUCAGACUGAGCAUUAGUCUGCCACACUACUGCUGGAGAGUGUGUCUGGACAGUCUUAUAGGGCAGCAUCCCCCUUAAGUAUUCCUAAGUACUACUUUACCACACCAUCCCACUACCCUUUAGAAUAAACAUCCUCAUCACUGUCAUCAAGGCUUUUUCUGACACUAAUAUUUAAAAACUGUACAAAGGGCAUUCAGAUGACUAUAUAUAUUUUUCUAUGUAUUUCUAUAAUGGAUAUAUUCACUGCUUCUUUGUGGGGAUUUUCAUUUCUGAUAUCACUGAUUGUUAUUUCAGUAAUUAUAUGGUGAGUGUGUGUAGAGAAUAUCUGGCUAUAUUUAGGCCUCUUGUGUCCCCCUGUACAUCAGACCCUGUAAAACACGUGUCAAACUCAUUCCAUGGAGGGCCAAGUGUCUGCAGGUUUUUGCUCCUCCCUUGUAGUUGACUGAACAAUGAAGGUCAUUGAUUAGUUAGGAACUCCCCUCACCUGGUUGUCUAGGUCUUAA